AUGGCACAACCCCAGCUCGCUUCCAUUCCUUCGAAAAUAUCCUCCUACGCCAAAAUAGCCGCAAUGCCAGCUCCAAAAGUGGCCACAAGCAUUAACACUUCUCGGAAAGAGGUGAAGCAUACGACUUCGAAUCCCUCCGAAGUGCCUGCAGCUUCGGCUCCGAAGAUUGGCGCGGGCGCUGUGCUUGUGGAGGGACGAGGUGAUCAAGAUGGUAUAAAGAAAGCUUCGGUCGACGAGACCGUGACCAAAUCCAUGCAAAAGCUAUCGUUGAACCAUGCGAGUAUAGAGACCGCUCAAAUGGAGAAUAGCGGAGAUAGCGCGGACUCCUACGAGGAGGACCAAUCUCAGUUAUCAGGCUCAUCUGUCAACAAACCACAAAGCUUCGAUACAAAGAGCCUGGCCUCGGUCACCACGUUUGCCAUGGACGACAAGGAGAGCAUUCGUCCUGACGAUUCAGCCAGCGUUAGAGCUGUUGACGACGAGAAUCCUCAUCCUGCCCUGAGUAGGAACUCGAGCUUCCAACACGACACUGAGAUUCACUCUCACAAAUCAUCGAGGACGUUUUCCUCAAAUGUCAUUAUCCCUGGCCGACGAUUUCCCACACUCGCAAACCCUCCUCGCUUUGGCAACCUGCCCAUCAGCCCGGUCCUGGAAACACAAGAUGUACAGAUGCCGAAGCCCAAUAUUCCGAUUCUGACACUCGAUGAUGUGCGUGAGCCGAUACCAACAAUACAUACUCUUCCUGACGACAAAUUGAUGGACGCACUGACGUGUCAAAAAGAUCGAUUGUCCUUGCUUCAGUUAGAGGAGAAGUUGAUCGGUUUCAUUCGAGACGGUACAAACGAUGUUUUAGACCUCCCCCCACAAACCUCUUUCGCCCGUAUGUUGGCACACAAGCUGGCUGACUAUUACGGUCUAGUCCACGCUGUCACGGAAGACAACUUAUCAGUCAGAAUUCUGCGUUCAAACUCGCGCCCACUCCCGCCACCAUUAUCUGAGCUUGCUAAGUCAGUCGCAGUGGCAGGCACAUCUGGCCCGACUGCCGCUGCAAUCAAGAUUAUGCGCAGAGAACAGCUUAGUAGCAGGCACUUCUCGGCUGGGAACAGUACGGCACCAAGCUCGUGUGCACCUUCCAAGACGACGUCUGAGAAUGGCGUCGAAGCUCGCAGUGAUGAUGGUUUAGCAUCACCCACAGAAAGUACGCCUAGUCGCGACAAGUCCAAGCUUACUCGGGAAGAGCGACAGGCACAGUAUAAACUAGCGCGUGACAGAAUCUUUGCCGACUUUCAAGAACCCUUCACCAGUGAUGCUACCUCGAAUGAAGAGCAUUCAGGUAGCAUGUCCAGAUCUUCUUCGUCUAGCGGUAAGAAAAAGACGAAGAAGCACAAGCAGCCUAAGGACGAUAGUUUCGAAGCACGUUCUGCUUUUGUUCCUUCCGGGCCAUUCCAGGCUCAGUAUGCCCAAGCAUAUGCCGACCCUGCAACGACCCCUAAUUACAACAUGACACCAAUGAAUUAUGACCAAACUAUCUAUGGAGCAACUCCUACACAGACGUUCCCUGGAUUCGAACCAAGCAUAGCGUAUGGCAAUAUGCAAGGCUACCAAUCUACCAUGGUCCCCCAGCAAAUUAGUCCUAGUGACUGGCAGGCUAUGCAAGCUAUGCAAAUGCAAAACCCGUACUUCAUAUAUCCUCAGGCUAUGCAGUAUCCACAAAACCAGAACAUGAUGAUGAUGGGAGCACUGCCUAUACAAGGUCAGUUUCCGGAGUGGUACCCCAGCCAGAAUCAAAAUUUCAUGGCUCCUAGCCCGAUGAGUCCGACUUCACCUUAUCCUCCACCUUAUGGAGUGAUAACACCGAACUCUAUACAAAACGAGCAGUAUGGAUCGAAUACUCAUCGUGCCCUCCCUAAUACUUCAACUGGUCAAGAAUAUCACAGCCACAAGAGAUCGCUGUUUAAUCCUCAAACCAGAUCUUUCGUGCCAAACAAUAGAGAAGGGCGUUCUGCUGCCCGGUCUGGAAGGACUAAAAACAAUUCUAGGCACAGCCUGAACUCGGUAAUGCAUCACCAAAACUCUAAUAGCAAUGUCACAUCCUUGAACAGAGAAGACUCUUUGAAGCAGAAAUACGGUACUCCUGCCAGUCUGCCCAAGAAACCACCGCCUCAGGAGAGCAAACAGGCACCAGAAAUUUCCAACAAUGCAAUACUACAGCAGGCACAUGGUCAAUCCUCGAUCAUUGCUCCGGCCUCUCUUGAUGGCGUUGGCCAAUGUGCAUGA